UAGCAUGCCGUAGUGGUCCGUAUCCGCAUUUUCAACUUUUAUCGAAGUUAUCGUCAUAAUGAAUUUAAGACAAGGAAUUCAACUUCUCUUUCCUCGUUUUUCCUCCUCGGUUCAACAGAAUGAGGCUCAGCAGAGAAUUUUGCAACUGUUAUCUGGUAGAUUUCCUCAGGCAAACGUCAAUGUCGUUGAUGUAUCUGGCGGAUGUGGUGCAAUGUUCGAAGUGUUUGUAGAAUCCAAGGAAUUUGAAGGUUUAUCAACAUUAAAGCAACAUAAACUGAUAACGCAAACAUUAAAGGAACAAAUAAAGAACAUGCACGGAGUCCGCAUACAUACAUCCGUCCCCAAAACUAAAUAGCACUAGAACUUAGUUAUCUAAUGCUUUUCCUCGUGAUUACAACACAUUGUUUUGAAGCUUCGUCCCAAAUUAAGAAGCUUUGGAAAAUUGCGAUAAAGGAAUUAAAAUGACAGCGGGUGUCAAAUGCGAAGAGAAUAAUUCAAAUGAAUUUUUGUGAUGAAUAACUUUAGUGAAACAAAUAAAACUCGAAAUUACUGGUCCAUUUCGGAAUAGAUAA